AUGUGGUCAAAACGGCAUAAAGCUCGGUACAGUUGCGUAAACGGUUGCGCUCGAAGCGGUGCGGUGUGGUUAGCGGUUGCGAUCGACGUAGGACCAUCGCGACGUGCAGCAGUGAGUGGAGAAAGAACGUCAUUUGAGUCAGAUGACCGUGACCGCCGCUUCUUGAUGACAAUAUCAUGUGGUGCUAUCAAAUCAAGUGAAUCGAGUAAAUAUCACAAGGAUCAUUCUCAUUCUCCAUCACAAGGAUUAUCAACGAGCUCCUACCCACCGGGUGGAUUCCGGAAAGUUGCAUGUGACGGUUUUUCUCGCUUUGGGCAGGAUACUUUGCAGUCGUACCAAGUGCUGCAAUCUGAAAAAUAUCGAGCCAUCUUCACAGUGUUGAUUUUAUUAUCCGAAAGCAAUCCACACAAACAAACUCAUGGAUUUGGUGCAGAAUGUCGUGAUGGCCGUGGCGAUUCACGAGAUCGAGAUCCAACCCCUGGAGGUCCUUCACUCUUCCAACCAGGUGAUCGCAUAGUGGACGAGUACUCGAAGGAGGAGUUCCAUGUCGAUCAGUUUCUUGGGAAGGGCGGAUUUGCUGAAUGCUUCGCGGUCAGAUCGAAUCGUUUUCGUGGUCAGUUCGCACUGAAAGUGGUUGAAAAAGCGAAGCUUAAAGAUCCUUCAUAUUCCAAGAUGCACCGAGAAAUCAACCUACAUAGAUCAGUUUCUCAUCCGAAUAUUGUGCGGUUACGCGGAAGUUUCCAGGACCGCCAAUACUUUUUUCUUAUCAUGGAACUGUGUCGAGAGCAAACCCUUCUUUCGCUGAUAAACCAAAGUAAACGAGGUUAUUUAUCUGAGUAUGAGAGCAAAGGCUACAUGGUUGGCAUUCUCUCAGCUGUCAGAUAUCUUUUGGAUAGGAACAUACUUCACCGAGAUCUUAAACCAGGAAAUAUCCUCAUAGGGGCAGACGGCCAAGUGAAAUUAGCGGAUUUUGGCUUAGCUAUUCUCAAGCAGGAUUUGAACCCAAUGAGUGUCAGUGGGACGCCGAACUACCUCGCUCCCGAGAUAUUGAUGAAACGCGGUCACUCCGAGUGCAGCGAAGUCUGGUCGAUCGGUUGUAUGUUAUAUUGUAUGCUGAUUGGAAGGCCUCCAUUCGAAUCAGAAAGCCUUGACGAGACCUAUGCAAGAAUACAAGCUGGCCAGUAUUCUUACCCUCCAUGGUCCAAAAUUUCUGAUGAGGCUCGAGACCUUAUCAACGCCUGUCUCAUACACUCAGCCAAUUUUCGGCCAACUAUAAGGGAAAUCCAAGAAGAUCCUUGGAUUAAGAUGAGCCAUCCCGUUCCGGAAAAUCUAUUGCUGAGAACAAAAAGUCUGAAAGACCUAUCAAAACACGAUGCUAACGGGAACGUCAUCAGUGGUAAGCCGCAUCGUCCUAAGUCAACCUUGGACUUAGCCUCAGCGGGAGCGGCCCUCAAUAAGUCACGACGCAAGUCCAUAAUAAGCACUCAUGAUUCGGGAUUUGGCUCCGAUCCAGACAUGUCACGACGUCCUGCUCUGGCAGCUGCAGUAAAUGGCUACCUCAGCGAUAUUGGUGCACUUUUAGGUGGUGCGUGCGAUUUUGCACUGGAGCCAUGCCCAUUACCUCCUGUGUUCGUCUCAAAGUGGGUUGAUUACACGAACCGACGAGGGUUCGGCUGCCAGUUCAGCGAUGGAUCUGUUUCCGUGAAAUUCAACGAGGGGCUUUGCUUGAGUUGGCCGGCAAAUUCGUCGACCAUCAUUUAUGCGCAAACUCCAUUUUCUUCUCCACAUGCCGUUCAUCCAGCAUUUCUACAAAAUUCGGGCCUUACACGUACUCAUAUUGAGGUGGCUCGCCAGUACCGCGAAUACAUGGAGCGAGAACUAGCUGACACGGAUCUACUCAUGUCACAAGCAUCUCGUAGUGCGGCUAUGUCGUCUUCACAUAGUCCACCUUACCUUGUCUUCACUCAUCUUGGCUCUGACUGUCUUAUCAUGGUGUUCAGUGAUGGAACAGUUCAGGUUAACCUCAUGAAAAAACGUUCGAAAAUUGUUCUCUGGAGUGGCGAAGGCGGAUCAGCUGAUAGUGGCGACUCCAAAUACACAUGUAUUGCAAUAAUAGAGCGCGGAUUCGCUCCUUUUGCGUAUCGUAUACGACCUGGACAUAUGUAUGGUCUCGAGUUACCUCAGAGUCUGGAGGAUUCUUUAUUCGUAGUACGCCGGGCGCUGAAUAUGGAGAUCCAAAUAGCUCUGAUUCACGUGCUCUGGAAUGGAAUCGCGAUGAUUCUCACUUGGCUCAGAUGCAAGUGUUUUGAGCGAUUUCCUGCGGUAUCCAUGUGCCUCCUUCCAGAAGUCGCAACAGCAUACCCAGAAGAAUUAGGGAAGUGUGCCCCAACGGCAUCGCUGGAAUGUUGCGUUAAUGACCGGAUUCUGGUACAGAACAAGCAUAAACGUGAUCACGUCUUUUGA